AGGAUGCAGGAUGUGUUUGUGGAUGUAACGUCACGUCACUACACCGGUUUACUUAGCCUGUUAGCAUUGUAUAUAACAAGAACGACCGUAAGAAAGUAUAAUAAAAAAAACAUUAAUAACGCAAUUGGCUGCUGGAAAGUAACAAUACAUAGGGGAUCAUGGCGACCGGUGCUGAUGUGAGAGACAUCCUGGAGCUGGCAGGAGGAGACGGAGAUACAGGACCAAUCAGCAAGAAGGACAUCAUCAACUCUGACAAGAAAAAGGUGAAGAAGAGCACAGAGACCCUGACGUUUAAGAGGCCAGAGGGAAUGCACAGAGAGGUCUACGCUCUGCUCUACUCCGAUAAAAAGGACGCUCCCCCUCUGUUACCCAGCGACACCACUCAGGGUUACCGCACGGUGAAGGCCAAGCUGGGCUGUAAGAAGGUUCGUCCGUGGAAGUGGAUGCCCUUCACCAACCCGGCUCGUAAAGACGGAGCCAUCUUCCACCACUGGAGACGAGCAGUGGAGGAGGGCAAGGACUACCCCUUCGCCCGCUUUAAUAAGACGGUACAGGUCCCCGUGUACUCGGAGCAGGAGUACCAGAUGUACCUGCACGACGACGGCUGGACUAAAGCAGAGACGGAUCACCUGUUCGACCUGUGCAAGCGCUUCGACCUGCGCUUCAUCGUCAUCCACGACCGCUACGACCACCAGCAGUACAGAAAACGUUCUGUGGAGGAUCUGAAAGAACGCUAUUACAACAUUUGCGGGAAGCUCACGAAGGUCCGUGCUCCGUCUGGCACCGAACCUAAAGUCUACAUCUUCGACGCGGGACACGAGAGACGCAGGAAAGACCAGCUGGAGCGACUGUUUAACCGCACACCUGAACAGGUGGCGGAGGAAGAGUACCUGAUGCAGGAGCUGAGGAAGAUCGAGACGCGGAAGAAGGAGCGGGAGAAGAAAGCGCAGGACCUGCAGAAGCUGAUCACGGCGGCUGACAGCACCACGGAGAUGCGCCGGGGCGACCGCAAGGCCACGAAGAAGAAACUGCCGCAGAAACGAGAGGCGGAGAAACCGGCCGUACCUGAAACGGCAGGAAUCAAAUUCCCCGACUUCAAAUCAGCCGGAGUGUCUCUUCGAAGCCAGAGGAUGAAGUUACCGAGCUCUGUAGGACAGAAGAAGAUCAAAGCCAUUGAGCAAAUCCUGACCGAGCAGGGAGUGGACCUGAACCCCAUGCCCACUGAGGAGAUCGUGGCGAUGUUUAACGAGCUGCGCAGUGACCUGGUCCUGGUGUACGAACUGAAGCAGGCUCACAGUAACUGCGAGUACGAGCAGCAGAUGCUGAGACACCGCUACGACGCUCUGCUCAAAGCAGGAGGCACCGGCACACCCCACGGCGACGGUGCGGCCGGGCCAGACUCGCAGAACUGGGCCGGGGUGGACGACAUCAAAACCGAACCCAAAGAACAGAUCAUCGACGUGGUAGGAGCGCCGCUCACGCCCAACUCGCGUAAACGCAGAGAGUCGGCCUCCAGCUCCUCGUCCGUGAAGAAGAUGAAGAAACCGUGACGUGCCUCACUUCCUCGACUCUGACCGAGAGACUUGGAGAACGUCCUGAAGCGUGCGUGGCGAUGACAUGACCGAGGCGUAGGACGUCCAUCAGACUUGCUGGGGUUUUUUUUUUUUCUCUUCUCUUUAUUAAAACCUGAACGGUUCUCUCAGUAAAGCGCCGCCGCUGCUCAUCGUCCUUAUCUUCAUCACGUUCCACUCGGAGGUAGCAGGUAAACUGUGAAUCGCUACGGAAAUGAACCCAGACGUAAUCAUCGAAGAACAGAAGGAAGAAGGAUGGUUGGGACUUUUUUUUCUUUUAUCUUUUUAAAAAAAACAAAAACAAACUCCUCCCGUGUGUGUUCGUAGAUUAUAAUAUACAGUACAGUCCUGGUCUUUUCAGACACGUCCCUCGCUUGACGUUUGCCUCUUUUGUUUCUGAUCCCCGCUCUGAACCAGACAGGACAGACAAAAUGGCCGCCGAAGUGUCCUCUACAAUGUCUCUGUUGCAUCCGGCUCGGAAAACUGAGCUACCGAGCAGCUACAAUCGAUCGGCUUAAUAAACGGGUGCCAUUUUUAAAUAUAUAUAUAUAUGUAUAUAAUUUUUUUUUUGUAGUGCUAUGCGAGUUUCACUCAUUUCACAAUCCUACGUUCACACGUGCUUCACUUUUCUAGGGUUAAUUUGGUGUUUGCCGUCAGUGAACUGUUUAAUAAAGGGUAAUAAACUA